AUGUUCAUUUUGCAAACCCUUUCCGCAGUAGCAAGUAGACUGAAGGCAUCCGACCAUAUCCGAGCUAGUUCCACGGCUGACAAAAUAAAAACUCGAAUAACCCGCUUAUCAUCCCGGAGCUGGCGCACCCAAAGGCCUUCGAAUCGCAAGGCAGCUGCGGAAUUGGUGUAUGAAGCCACCUCACCUGGCGCUUCACAUUGCCCCUCAAACCCGCUUACUUCAUCGGACAUUUUCAGAUAUGCAAAUGAUUCAUCCUCUGAAUUUUUGACUCAAGUAUACGAAGUCUCUAACAUUGCGGAAGAGGUUUCCAUCACAGACGACCCCUCUUCUCCCGUUGAGCAAGAGCAUGCGAGUGAGAUCGCAGCAUUAAUAGGCGAGAAUGCAAAACUAAGAGCUGUUGUCGACGAGAGAGACAAGUGCAUGGAGCAGCUGGAAAGUGCUCGCGAAGAUAUAGCUAACUUGGAACUUUCCGGCAAUGCCUGGCGUGAGAGGUUCUUUACUAAACUUGAGGAGGCUAAUCAACUGCGACUGGAGAAGUAUAAUAACUUUGAAAUUGCUGUCAAAAAUCACCGAAACGCUCAGCUCGAAGAGAUGCGGCAGGCAAUGGGAACUUAUGAAUCCCAACUUACGAAAGUGAGAGAAGAGCUCAAGUCCCGUUGCCAGGAGAUUGGCCUUCUGCGUGAGGAGAACAAAGGCAUGGAGGAGAGCUCCUUGAAACAGUUCCAGGAGUAUCACGAUCUGGCGCAAGAUAAAGAGGAAUUACAAAAACGAUACAAGCACCUCAAGGUGCAGGUUAAGGAUAAUAGAAUCGACAGGCUCAGGUUGAUGGAGAAGAUAGAACAGCUGGAGGCUACUGAAUCGGAAUUAGCUGCUAGAUUGACUGCGGCUGAGAUUUCCACACGCGAACAUGCCGAGCGGGAAGAGAAACUUGAACGCCGCCUCUUCGCCAACAAGAACUUGCAUGCUGAAUAUAAUGAGUGUGUCGAUGAACUUCUUAACUUACGGGAAGAACUCCGACUAAAAGACAAAUUUAUCAAGCGCCAGAAGAUUUGCGGACAAAUCAUCGUCACGGCGCUCAUCACUUUAGCCAGCCAUAAUAUAAAAUCGCUUGAACUACAACUUCCAGAGCUCGUGAUGGAAACACUCGAUUGA